AUGGAAGAUAUGUUUUCUGUUAUAUGGAAUAACAACGAUAGCAAUGUUUUAACAUUGGAUGACUUUACCCUCGUGUGGUUUGAUGAUAAUAUUGAUUAUGGAGUCGAAUGGCACGAAACAACUGCUCGUUUACGUAAAAUUAUUAGUCAUUUAGAAAUAUUCGAAAAUCUGAAUGACUGUGUCAAUUACUUGUUGUCUAUUGACCAUGAAAAAUUAUUUUUGAUUAUAUCCAGCAUAUUGUUAAGUAGAGAGGGUUUAUUAGACUUAAUAAACCAAUGUUCAGAAACUGUUCGAAUUUAUUUACUGUCCAGUACAAAAAGCAUUGAUUCGUCACAUAACCAGAGAAGUUUUGACAAUAAAGACAAACUGAUAGAUAAACUUUCAGAAGACGUUAAAGUAAGCAGAGAACGAUUGUUAUCAACAAAUAUAAUCGAUUCUAAUGUAGAAGGUGAAUCGACACAUAAUGUUUACACAAAACAAAUUUUAUUUAAAUGUUUUGAGUUAUUAAUUGAAAUUGUACGUCGCACCCCGCUACCUCCAGAUGUUAAAAAGCAAAAGCUGCUUGAUUAUUGUCGAGCAGAAUACAAAGAUAGUCCAACCGAAUUACAAAAAAUUAACGAAUUUGAACAAGAAUACAGUUCAGACAAAGCAAUUACUUGGUACUCACGCGAUUGUUGUCUAAAUGAUUUAUUGAACAGAGCACUUUUGACGACUAAUGUUGAUGUUAUAAUAUAUUUUGGCUUUUAUAUAGUUGAUAUUUAUGACCAACUACAUAAAUUACAUGUUGAGCAUCAAGACAGAACAAUAAACGAAAUGUAUGAAAAUAAGAUUAUUCCUUCUAGGCAAGGGAAUUAUUUGACUGUAUAUCGUGGACAUUUGGCACCUCCCAAUGAACUGAAAAUACUGAAACGUAAUAUAGGUGGCUUGAUAGUGAAAAAGUCAUACUGGACAACAACGAUGAACCGGAACGUAGCUCUAAUGUUUGCCGGAGAUGGUCCACGUCAUUAUCCAUAUACAGACUCGAUUUUGUAUGUGAUCGAUCUCCAUAUGAAUCAUACAACUGGAAAGCCGAUUGCCAAUAUUAAACAGGCAAGCUAUUGUCCAGAUGGCGACGAAGUACUUAUCUCGAUCAAUACGAUAUUUCGAAUUGACUCAGUAGAACUAGAUGCAGACUAUAAUAUUUGUAUUGUACAUUUAACAUUAUGUGAUGAUGAAUAUCAAGCUACUAAACAACAGAACGAUUAUUUGGACGUUGUUUUACUAGAACUAAUUGAAAUUUUACGUCAUAUGUCACCAAAUACAGACAUGGUCAAUGAAAUAAUUCUAAAACAAUGUCGAUUAUAUUGCAAAGAUAAUCCACAUGAACUAGCGAAAAUUAAUGAAUUUGAAACCAAGUAUCGUUCAGAUGAUGCUGUAAGAUGGUAUAUAAAAGACUCAUUCUUGUAUCGUUUAUUAAAUAUAGCAUUACGAACAAAUGAUAUGAACAUUAUAGCUGAUUUACGCUGUUUCAUAAUUGGUCUUUAUGACCAACUACUAAAAAUUCACGUUGAUUUUGUUCGAUCAUUAGCACCAAAUGAAGAAAAAUUGACUGUUUAUCGAGGACAACUAAUGACGCUAAAAGAAUUUAGUCGAUUAAAAUGUCAUAUUGGUGGUUAUAUUUUAAUUAAAACAUUCUUUUCAACAACGUCAUCGCCUCAAGUUGCUCUUAUUUAUAGUGGAAAUGGGUCACAACGUCCCCUAUAUGAAUCAGUCUUAUACAUAAUAGAUCUUAACAUAAGUGAUGGUACUCUUUUAAAACAACCCUUCGCUAAUAUUGCACUAUUCAGUCAAAUUUUGGAUGAAAAUGAGAUAUUAUUUUCAUUUCAAACAAUAUUUAAGAUUAUUUCUGUUAAAAAAUAUAGUGAUAAUUUAUGGAUUGUACAUCUAGUUCUUAGUACAAAUGACAAAGAAAUAGAUAUAAUUCAAAAAUAUCUCAAAAUAAUAUUACUGCCAAUCGAACACUAUAAUAAUUCAACGUCACUAACACCAACAACAUCCUCAUAA